AUGGGGUUACCCUCUAAGACAAACAACAAAGCCUUGAGGCAGUCCGAUAAGGACUAUAGAUUAACUAACAAAGGUAGAAGCAGUGCUUCCAUACCAGGUCUUCCAGGCCUCCCAUCUGGGCGCUCUGGCAAGAGUUCGGCGAAGUGUGGUAUUAAUUCGCUAGCUCAGCCGGCGCAGUCACCAGGUUCGUCAACGAACCGUCACGAGAAGAGUUUAGAGAAAUCAGGUAGAAACUCUUCGCCUAAGCGCUUUGCUCUAGUUAGGGAUCCGUGUUUCUCCGAUAUGAAUUCACGUUGUGAUCUAUAUCCGGAUGUCUGCGAACGUCAUUGGGACAAGAUGCAGUCGGACAUGCUGGCCAAUGAAGGCGCGGACGGCAAUAGCUGGGCAGACGAGUGCCCUAUAGAAGCGGAUGUCUCGAUGGAUCAGCUGGAGGCAGACGUGCUGGACUUUCAAUAUGGCGGCGCACCUUCCUCCCCCGCGUCCUCCACCCCUGCGCCCCUCUUUCCCCCUUCCCCUGCGCGCGAGCCUUCACCUCCUCGUCCCUACCCUUCGCGAGACGGAAGCGGUGACUCUAAGCUAUGCUCUGGUGUCUCGGACGGCCAGCAGGUUGCGUCAGGCGCGGCUAACGCCAAUCCUGCACCAGCGUUGUGCCAGAUCAUUGCGCUCUUGCGUACCCUGAUCAGUACUCUCCCUUUGGGUCCUCAAGCCCCGGUUAUAUCGGCUCUUUUGGACUCCAUUGUGGAGCUCGUACAGGCCAGCCUGGGCAGUGGUUCGGCUGAUGCCAAACCUGCGGGUUCCACCCCAACCUUGCCCAUCCAAAGACGGUCGGUUAACCCUGGAGUGGUUACGGCUCGUCAGGCCAAAGCGCAACGUGCGAAGGCCGGUCCUGCCACUGGGCAGCCGCGCCAGACCACUGCCGCACCUCCGAGACGCCAGGCCCCAGCUCCUGUCGACAAAGACGGGUUUACAGUGGUCACUGCACGUCGUGCGCCUAAGUCCUAUGCGACUGCGGUCAGCGGUAACGCUGGCCCAGCUCGUGGCGGACAGAAGCCACGCGUGCAGCAGGCGCCUAACCCGUUUGCGUCGGCAGCGAAAAAGGCUACCACUAGUGGUAGCCGGCCAGUGGUAAUUAUCAGGCCUACGGGUCAAAAUCCUGCGCCUCUGAGCAAGGCGCAGUUUUCGGCUCUUCGAGUAACUGCCCUUCAGGCGCUACCAAAGGAGAUUGUCGUUACUGGCGUCUUCCCAGUAGGACAGGUUGGUAUCGGCCUAAGCAUCCGUGAUGCGGCGGCCGUACCAAGUGUGAUUAGCUGUGUCGACGCUAAGUUGACCGGCUACAGCUGCUCUAAGAAGCAGACGCGCUUCCCGCGCAUUAUCUGCUUUGGAGCAGCAGUGUCCAGAGACAUCUCCGCGGCAUCACUCGAAAAAGUGAUCCGCGAGGAAAAUGCCUCUGUUUUUACAGGUAAAAAUGUCCCCAGUGGCAUCGUUCAAUCGAUCCACUGGCGCGGACCAAACCUCGUGGUAGCAGCCUCUCCUGAGUUCUUCCGAGCCUUGGAAGCGUCGAAGACUCAGAAGCUCAAGAUAAAUCAUUUACUCACGAGAUGGAGCCUUGCCAGAGAUUCGACGAUAUGUUUUUAUUGUUCGAAGUUGGGGCAUAUAAGCCCCAACUGUCCGGAGAAGGCUAACGGUAAAGACUGUACUUGUACCAGGUGCGCAGGUUCACAUGAGCGACAACAGUGCAACGCUGGCGGCGAGAGAUGCCGCAACUGCUUGGAUUUCAACCAGCAGCAAGCUCGUCUCGGCAAGCCCGGUCGUCGCCAAGCCAACCACCAGGCCACCUCCGCCGCUUGUCCCAGCGCCCAGGCCUUUUGCCGUCGUCUGGCCGAAAGGACAGACUUUGGCGCGGUGGCAGCACCUAGCUCUAACUAA